CAUAGGUUGCCAUUAGCAACCGGAGGCUUCUAAACAACCCGCCCUCCCUCCGCGUCGUCUGCGGUCCAACUUACCUUGGAGACGCCGGGCCUGACGAAGCCGCGCCUGGCCUCUCCCGCUUUUCCAGACCGCUGACUCCUGUCCGCCGCCAUGGCAGAGUUGGGUCUAAAUGAGCACCAUCAAAAUGAAGUUAUUAAUUACAUGCGUUUUGCUCGUUCAAAAAGAGGCUUGAGACUCAAAACUGUAGAUUCCUGCUUCCAAGACCUCAAGGAGAGCAGGCUGGUGGAGGAGACCUUCACCAUAGAUGAAGUCUCUGAAGUCCUGAAUGGGUUACAAGCCGUGGUCCACAGCGAGGUGGAGUCUGAGCUCAUCAACACGGCCUACACCAAUGUGCUACUUCUGCGGCAGCUUUUCUCACAAGCUGAGAAGUGGUACCUCAAGCUACAGACAGACAUCUCUGAACUUGAAAACAGAGAAUUAUUGGAACAAGUUGCAGAAUUUGAAAAAGCAGAAUUUACAUCUUCAAAUAAAAAGCCCAUCAUAGAUAACAUAAAGCCAAAACUUGCUCCACUUAACGAAGGUGGAACAGCAGAACUCCUAAACAAGGAAAUUUUAAGACUUCAAGAAGAGAAUGAGAAAUUAAAGUCAAGGCUGAAGACCCUUGAAACACAGGCAACAAAUGCAUUGGAUGAGAAGUCAAAACUAGAAAGAGCACUGCAAGAUUUACAGCUUGAUCAAGGAACUCAGAAGGAUUUUAUAAAGACCCAAGACUUGAGUGACUUGGAAAACACAGUUGCUGCUUUAAAGAGUGAGUUUCAGAAGACACUUAAUGACCAGACAGAAAACCAGAAGUCCCUGGAGGAGAAUCUAGCGACAGCCAAGCAUGACCUACUCAGGGUGCAGGAGCAGCUGAGCAUGGCUGAAAAGGAAUUAGAGAAAAAAUUCCAACAAACAGCAGCUUAUCGAAACAUGAAAGAGAUUCUCACCAAGAAGAAUGACCAAAUCAAAGACCUGAGGAAAAGACUGGCGAAAUAUGAACCUGAAGAUUAAAAACUGAAGAAGAUUUCAUCUGGAAGCUGCCACUACAUGAAAGUACAAGCUGUUUCUCACCUCAGGCAUGUAUUUGAAGCAGUUUGUUGUAUUCCUUCUCUUUAUUUUUCUAAUAUUUAGACUUUGCUUCUGAUAUUUAGAACUAGAGUUCCUAUUUCAGUUACCUAAUUGAGGAGAAAACCUACUGACUGAUUCUGGCCUGUCAUCCCAAACUCUUCUCUGCUGAGUGCUCCAGAAUCUUAGUUCAAAUGCAGUGAGAAUUCUUUAUAGUAAAGAAGAGGCUUAUCCUUUUGCAUUAGUGUAAAGAGCACGGCUUUUCAAUAAUUGUUAAAGCUAGCAUUGUCUGUACUUGUGCAUUCCCCAGAGGAAAAAUAUAGAAUUAUUAAAGAUAGUUAUUACAAAUAAACCUUAUUUUUUAACAUGAAA